AUGGUCCAACACAUGAGACCUUUGUAUAUCACAGCAGAUGUGAGCGGUACCAAAGUUAGCAAGAUCAUGGUUGACACUGGCGCGGCUGUUAAUGUCAUCACUACUAGAACCAUGCACCUGCUCGGAAUCAAGAAGGAGAUGAUCCAGUCUACAUCCCUUACACUCAAGAACUUCGCAGGGACGAUAACAAAAACCUUGGGACUUCUUUUCCUGUGCAUCAAGGAGCUCGUUAUGUGGAACUGGAAGACAGAUAAAGCGGAGGUGAUUAAAGCGGAUCCUCGUCCAUUCCCCAUUUCCGCAAACUAUGUAGAUGCCAGGUACUAUUUGGAGCCUAUCACUCCAUUACAGAUUUUAGAAGUCUACAUCGAUGACGUAGUGGUGAAGUCUCAGAAGAAGGGUGAGCACAUCACCGAUCUCAGAAAGGUAUUUGAGCGCAUGCGACAACACAAGCUCAAGAUGAAUCCAGCCAAAUGCGUUUUCGGAGUUCAAGCAGGCGAUUUUCUAGGAUUCAUUAUUUGUCAGAGAGGCAUCGAAGUCCCUGAAGACAAAGCGAGCGCGGUCAUCAACGCCACCACCCCUCGAACGAAGAAGGAGUUGCAGCGCUUGCUAGGUAAAAUCCAGCCCUUCUCCCCAUUGCUGAAAUUACAGGGUCAGGCUGAGUUCGUAUGGGAGCCUAAACAUCAAGAGGCUUUCGACAGAAUCAAGACCUACUUAGCAAGCCCGCCAGUGUUGGUUCCACCUAGGGCUGGAAUUCCGCUGAAGUUAUACAUUUCAGCAGCUGAGGCUUCCAUUGGCAGCCUGCUCACUCAGGAUGAUGAAGGAGGUAUCGAGCAUGCUAUAUUUUACCUCAGCCGGACAUUGACUGAUUGUGAGACAAGAUACACCCCUAUGGAGAAACUUUGUCUGACUUUGUACUUUUCGGCGUGCAAGUUGCGACACUACAUGUUAUCCUUUACUACCUGCAUCAUCGCUGAAACUGAUCUAGUCAAAUACAUGUUGUCGCGGCCUAUUUUGAGAGGCCGCAUUGGCAAGUGGGUACUGGCCCUUUCAGAAUUUUCGCUACAAUACGUACCUCAGAAAGCUGUAAAAGGGCAGGCCAUCGCGGAUUUUCUAGCACAUCAUCCUACCUUGGAGAUACCCAUGAUGAAGGAGUUAGAAAUAGCGUCAGCCACUACGACCGGCCAGAUUUGGUGCGCAUCCCAGAGGAUUGUUCUGGAAAAUCCAACGGGCGAUCGUUUCUCUUAUUCUUUCCAAUUAGAGUUCAAAUGCACGAAUAACCAGGCGAAGUACGAGGCUCUUAUUAUUGGGUUGGAGGUCUUACUGGAGAUGGGCGUAAGGGACGUUCAGAUCCGCAGGGAUUCUCAGCUCGUUAUAAACCAGCUUCAAAACACAUAUCGAUGUGCAAGUUGGCUGCUUGUGCCAUAUUUGAAUCGUGCCAUUGAGCUUCUGGAUCAAUUUGACGAUGUCGAUUUGGAGUAUAUCCCUCGAGAGCGCAAUUUCGCAGCCAAUGAGCUCACUCAGCUGGUCACAGGCAUUACAUUGAAGUAUGGUGUUCGCGAGCGUAUUCUGAAAGUUGAGCGUCGCACACUACCUUCAUGGCUCGCACGGCCUGAUCCACCAGAUGACCCAGUGGUCACGGUGCUAGAACCUAUUGAUGUGGAUUGGCGCAUCCCGCUAGUUGCUUACCUAAAGCGACCAGACCCCACAGCUGACAGGAAGAUUCGCUUUCUCGCUCUAAAUUAUUUCCUCCGGGGUGACGAGUUGCGACGCCGUAGGGAAGAUGGCAUGGACUUUCGGUGUGUCUAUGGCCACGAGGCAAAACGAUUAAUGCGUGAAGCGCACACAGGGAUAUGUGGGGCUCAUCAGGCAGGACCCAAGAUGCGUUGGCUUAUUAGGCGGCAUGGUUAUUACUGGCCCAGCAUUCUCAAGGCGGCAUGGUUUGGUAUCCCUGAGGUGCUCGUUUCAGACCGGGGGGCAGCGUUCAUGGGAGGUCCUAUCGGGCAACUUGUCAACGAUUUUGGCAUCCAGUUUAUCCACAGCACUCCAUAUUAUGCUCAGUCCAACGGUCAAGCGGAAGCUAGCAACAAGAUAAUUAUUACCCUACUAAAGAAGAUGCUGGUAGAGAACCCUCGACAAUGGCACGAUACUUUGUAUGAGACACUUUGGGCUUAUCGCACUUCUAAGAGGAAUCCCACAGCAACGACACCGUAUGCACUCAUGUUUGGUCAGGACGCUGAAUUAACCUUGGAAAUUAACGUUCAUUCCUUACACGUCCAAGAGCAACAUCAUUUGAUCGGAGAGGACUACGUCCAGGCAAUGUGGCAAGCACACGAAGAUUUGAGCGAGCAGCGAUUAGCGGCUCUGGAUAAUUUGGUCAUGGAGAAGCAACGUAUCGCCCGCGCCUAUGAUAAACGGACACGUGGCCGCAAUUAUAAAGAAGGAGACCUUGUUUGGAAAGCUGUUUUGCCUUUUGGCGAGAAAUUGACCGGUCGCGGUAAGUGGACUCCUCGCUGGGAAGGACCUUUUGUUAUUCACCAUAUUUUGGAGCGCGGGGCUUUUCAUCUCAAGGAUUUGGAUGGCGAAAUCCAUCACAAUCCCAUCAACGGGCGAUUCCUGAAGAAAUAUUAUCCUAGUGUUUGGGAGUUCGACGAUCCACCCGAUCAACCUUCAUCCCAGACAGGGGGGCAAUCAUAG